UUCAAAGUGUGACCAGGCAUAUGUGGAUAUUUUCUUUUUAUAGAAUGCCGUUUUUUUGAAGAGAACAUCGCCACAUUUAAGCUGCCGAACGCUACGUUGUGCCUAUCUGUCUUCAUGGCGACAAACGAUCCAGCUUCUUGAAGUGAAAGCUUACAGCAGCGGCGUUAAAAUUCCAAUGAAAACUGUAAAGUUAUGCAUCUGUUUAUAUUAUAAAAAAAUAUUUACAAGUUGACAACCUGCCUGAGAGCUUUCAGGACAGUCGCAGGAGGGAAAUUAUUUUACUGCAGUGUUUAUAUCGCUAAAUGUUAUUUGAAAUAUUUUGGGAAAUUCUCCCAUCUAAAUUGGUCGUCACCAAAAAACAAACGAUACGGACUCCCUAAAGUGUCAUGUAAGAUCGAUCUGGCUCAGUUUGUUCCAUAGUACACAUUGCUGCAGAUUUCCAGCAUGUGGAUAUCACGAGCAGUUUAGAAUAAUAAGGUACCAUGAAUCCGUUAAUUAUUAAGCGAAUAUCUGGAUAUUGGUGUUAAUAACGCUGCAGUUUUCAUUAUGGCAUUUCGGUGCAGUAAACUAAAAAGACAGUUUAUAUUACUGAUCGGACUUUUUCUGGUAUUGGCAUUAAUUCUUCAGACGGUACCUUCGUAUUACGAAGCACAGAAAAACAUUCUCAUGGCUUUGAAACUCUCACAGUUUGAGAGUCGCUUAUUGAACAAUAAGUCAUUCGCCGUUGUUAAGCGACUGAAAGAUCCUGUCUCGCUCUGGAAAGUACAUCCAUCAGACGACAGGAUUUUAUUGCAAGCUAAGUUUAAUCCUAAGAUUGACUUAGGUCUCUCGCCUAAGAGGAUUCUUCUGGAACAAGGACUGGCGGGCUGGAACGUCAAUGGUGGAAAACAAGCGUUUGUUGAUCAUGAUUGCCCUGUAAAGCACUGUGAACUGCAUGGAUAUCCAAAUGGAGAAGUGUUUGACGCUAGACUAAUUAAGGAAAUAGAGUUGAGCCGCUUUUCGUUCGGAGGUGCGCAAGCAGAAGUGCCCCGUGAUUCAAAUCAGGUUUGGAUCAUGUUCGCACUGGAAAGUCCGGAAGCAUCGCCUUCUUACGAGGGUCUUAAUGACGUCAUUAACUGGACAGCCACGUAUCGUUACGAUUCUACGUUGAUGACUCCGUACGAUAAAUUUCAAGUUUACGAUAAUUUUACACAGAUAUCUAACUAUAAGCCGGAUAAAAAUUACGCUGAGGGAAAGACUAAGUUAGCAGCAAUUUUUGUGUCUAACUGUUAUGCGUCAAACGCAAGAUUGGAAUAUGUUAAGGAGCUACAGCAGUACAUGGAUGUGGACUUCUAUGGGUCAUGCGGGAACUUGAGAUGUGAUAAGGGGGAAGGCAAUAACUGCUUUGAAAAUCUACAGAAGGAAUACAAGUUUUAUUUGUCUUUUGAAAAUGCAAAUUGUCGUGAUUACAUUACCGAGAAGUUCUUUUUAAAUGCAUUAAGACAUGACGUCGUUCCGGUCGUGAUGGGUGCGCAUCCAGACGACUACAGACGCGUGGCGCCACCUGGAUCCUUCAUUCACGUGGAGGAAUUUCCUCAUGCACGGGCGCUUGCCGGGUACCUCAAGCGUCUGAAUGAGCAAGACGAUGACUAUAAUGACUAUUUCCGGUGGAGAAGUACCGGACAGUUUGUUGAUACAAAAUUCUGGUGUAGAAUUUGUUCAUUACUAUGGGAUACGGACCUUCCCCACCAAUCUGUUCACGACUUGAACAAAUGGUGGCGGGGUGACAAUAUAUGUAUCGGCAAACGACGCUGGGAUGAGAUAUCAAACAGCAGUAAAUUACAUGUGUGAUAAUGAUUACAAGAAGGGUUACAGUAUGCAACGCGUUAGUGUACACACAUACAUCUUAAAUUGUUCUCUUUUACUUGAGCAUUGUGAAAGUGUUUUUUUGCACUUGGGUUCAUUGCUUUUUCGCAUAACUCACAAUUAGUCUUCUUUCGGACAUUCCAUAAGUAACGUGUUCAAUGUAAACAUACCUGGAUGAAGUAGUGCACAAAAGUAUGUUUACACUUAUCCGUACCCGUACAGUUUUUGUGUAGCCUCUCAAAGAAAUAUUUACUGGCAAUGGCAUACAAUCAUAAAGAAUUUUAUGUACCAUAUUUAUAUUAAACAAAAGUUCUUCUAACUGAAUUUAAGCUGAAAUAUUAAAAAAAUAUUUUUAUACCGCGUUUUCAAUGCAAAUUGAGAGGUAGGAGGAGCUCUCCCUUCCGCGCCAGACCCACCCCACACCUUUUCCACUUAAUUGUCAAAGUGAACUUACCAAGUCAAUUGGGUUUAUAAAAUGUAACAAUA